AUGGUUCAGAAGAUAAUGUCUAUAUACUGUAUUCAUGUAUACUGUUUUUAUCUAUUAACUUCUGUUGUCAUUUUAUUUUCAGUUAGGCUUUUACUUAGCUUUCCCCAAACCAAAACUUAUUUCACCCGCUUUGACCAGACUCCUGGCUCUACUGAUCUCAACACACAUGGUGGAAAGAUUAUAAAUGCUCUUGCAAGUGCAGCAAAUCACCUGGAUGACAUUGCUGGCAACCUGUCCUCCCUAAGUGACCUGCAUGCCAUCAACCUACAUAAUAGGUUUGGAAUACCUCUGCUGUCUCGCACAAUCCAGGUGGUCUUGGCUACUCACUUCCCUGGUGAUUUCACUGCUGAUGUUAAAGUUGCCUGGGACAAAUUCCUUGCUCUAGACUCUGCAGUCCUCACCUCCAAGUACAGAUAAAUCCACCCUGCAUAACAGGCUACAUCAGUAAUUAAAGCAAG